UUAUUAUUAUAUAUAUCUAUAUCUAUAUCUAUAUCGAGACAGCCUCUGUCUUGUCUUUAAAAAGGAGAAUACUCCCAUCAUCUUCCUAAACAGAGGAAUUCAAGGCGGCCAUGGCCGGAUUAUUCGAGAAGCAAACGGAGGCAUACUUGGACGCACGACCAACUUAUCCCUCCCAUUACUAUUCCAUGUUAGCCAAUCGAACAUCUUCUCACUCUCUUGCCUGGGAUGUCGGAACCGGCAACGGUCAAGCGGCUAUCGGUGUUGCCCACCAUUACCAACAAGUCAUCGCCACUGACAUAAGCCAAGCUCAAUUGAAGCUCGCCAAACCUCAUCCUCGUGUUCGAUACCUUCACACACCACUCUCUUUGUCUGACGAUGACCUAGUUAAGUUGAUCGGUGGUGAAAAUUCUGUAGAUCUGGUCACUGUAGCACAAGCCGUACACUGGUUCGACCUCCCUAGAUUCUACUCCGUCGUCCAUCGCGUUCUUCGAAAACCAGACGGCGUAUUUGCUGUUUGGGGAUACAAUGAUUUCGACAUAACCCCUGAAAUUGAUGCAGCACUGAAAGGCUUCCAUGACACCACCCUUCCUUAUUGGAACGACAACAUCAAGCAUGUAUUUGAUGGUUACCAAAGUUUGGCUUUCCCUUUUGAGGACAUGGGGUUAGGGAGGGAAGGGAAGCCACUGAAGGUGGAUAUACCGAAACAACUGUCGUUUGAGGGGGUUUUAGGCAUGUUGAAGUCGUGGUCUGCAGUGGUGACCGCCAAGGAGAAAGGAGUGGAUUUGUUGUGUGAAAGCGUGGUUGAAGGUCUAGAGACGGUGUGGGGUGGAUCCAAGAGGAUAAGGCAUGGUGCUUACAAGGGUUUCAUGCUUGCAGGAAAACCCCGUUCCUAAUUUGGUUUCUGCUUUUUUCAUUCAAAGUCUUGAAAUAAUCCUUGCUUAAUUUGCUAUCGGGGAUUGAAUUAUAUAUAUAUGUUUAAUUAUUCC